AUGACUUUAGAUUCAGUUGAAGCUUAUCACAUUCUCCGUAAUGGAAUUACUGGUGGUCUAUCAAAUGUUCAACAUAGAGUAAAUCUUAAAGGAAUCACGCACAUUAAUAAACUUUCAUAUAAUCCAGAAACUAAAACUGUAUCAAAUGAGGACACUUCCAACAUCAUGACUCAUUUCGUUGGUGUUGAUUUUAAUUCAUUAUAUCCUUCAUCAUUUUCAUCUAAUCCUCAUGAUUUCAUUCAAUAUACUGACCAUAAAAUGUAUAUGCCGGGAAGAUUGAAUGGUGUUAUCAUUUGUGAUACAGCAACAAAGAAAGCAAAAGCACUGGGAAUAAUUAAGAAGAAAAAUACUUUAUUCGUGGCUGAAGUAAAGGGUCACAUUGAUGAAAAAUACAUUAAUGAUUACAUAAACUUUUUACCGAUAAUAAGAAACUUAGAUAUUAUCACAGAUGAAAAAACAAUUGGCAGUUUUAUUUAUAAUUACAUGAAAUCAAACAAUCUACCAGUUGACCAGAAACAGAGGAAAUUAACUCAGUUAGCAUCAACACACAACCAAUAUCAACCAUUUUCUUCUUAUUAUCUUUGGUAUCUAAUAGACAGAUUUCAUUUUAUCAUUGAUGACAUUCAAUCAAUUUUAACAUUUACGAAAAACACUUGUUUUAAUGAAUUUGCGAACGAAUUUAUGAACGAAAGACAAAAGGCUGAAUUAGAAGGAAAUAAAGGAAAAAGUUUAUUUUGCAAGAUUUCACUUAAUGGAUCAUAUGGUUACGAUGCAAUGAAUACACAAAAUUACGCAAAGACUAAAAUAAUGAAUGCACAGAAGUCACGCGUUGCAUGUAUGUCAAAUAAGUUUAAAAACAUAAGAGAAAUAGGUGAAGAUACAUAUCAAGUGAUGCUCAAAGAUAGAUUUUAUAGAUGUGAUACAUGUUUACAAGAGGCAUUCUUCACUUUAGAUAACGCAAAAUACUGGUAUUUG